AUGGCUGGGUCGCAAGACGGCGACCGAGGUCGCCGGCAACGCUCGCCAUCCAAUUCUUCAAACCGGACCCGCGAACGCCGGCAAGACACCCGGGACGACUAUAAGAGCUCGCGCCGGCGGGAUGAUGACCGUCGAAGCUCUCGUCGAGACAGUCCCCCCCGCAGAUCGUCGCGCAGCCCUUCUGGGAGGGAAUCUACUCGGAGAGACCAUGAAAGAUCCCGUCGGGAUCGAAGGGAUCGCUCUACAGACCCUGCCGACCAGGAUCGCAGAAGAGAUAGACACCGCAGCCAUCGACAUCGUGACGACCGCGACCGCGACCGCGAUCGUGAUCACGAACGAUCCUCGAGAAGAUAUCGAAGCCCACGACCUCGAUCUCGCUCUCCACGCCGAUCAAAAUCUCCAGCGCGUGCGCUACAACGGAGCGGCCCCCUGCCUUCACAAUCCGACGCCUUUACAGGUGAAUUGGUACAAUCUGGCGAUGCACCUCCACCCGAGAAGAUCAAGCCCAAUUUCAACCAGACCGGACGACUUGCAGCCGAAAGCAACACGGUCCAGGUCCAAGGGGGCGAAGGGAUUGUCUUGAAAUACCACGAGCCUCCCGAGGCCCGCAAACCUCCAGCCAAAGAGGCCUGGCGCCUCUACGUCUUCAAGGGAGAAGACUUGCUAGAAGUGGUGGAGCUUGGGGAACGAAGCUGCUGGCUGAUCGGUCGUGAGAAUCGUGUGGUGGACUUCCCCCUUGAACACCCAAGCUGUUCGAAGCAGCACGCUGCACUUCAGUUCCGCUACGUUGAGAAACGGAACGAAUUCGGCGAUCGAAUUGGCAAGGUCAAGCCCUAUCUAAUUGACCUGGAGAGCGCGAAUGGAUCUCAUGUCAAUGGUGAGGCUAUUCCCGCAGGUCGCUACGUGGAGGUCAUGGACAAGGACGUCAUCAAAUUCGGGUUGAGUACCCGUGAAUACGUUCUUAUGCUGCCAAACUGA